ACACCACAACAGGCUGAAAAAGACAAACAGAUUAUCGUGUUUCUUCAUCAGACGCAAAGCACUUUCCCUGUGUCUUGUUAUCUUCUCCGUCGAGAGGAUAUAUAUACACACUUAGGAGUGAAGCGACGAUUUCAGAAGAAGAGAUUUUCAAAAAAAAAAAAUUGAAAGAUUUUCCCCAAUUUUUUUUUAAUUUUUUACAGAUUCUCCAGAAGACAGGACAGAGAAAGGGGUAAAAAAAUGGAAGCUUUAAGCAAGAGAAGCCAUAGAAAGAAGCUUCAGAGAGACAAAACAGGCAACGAUCUCAAGAACAAGAACAUGCCCACUGUCUGGUUUUCACUGAAGAAGUCCCUCCACUGCAAAUCUGAGCCGUCCGAUGUUCACGACCCCAAAUCCAGAAAACAGCUCGCCGCCAUAUCCACCAAGAGGUCCUCCUCCUCCGGCGGCGGCGGCGGAUGCGGCGGCGCCGUCGGUCGCUCCGGAUGUUCGAGAUCGAUCGCGAAUCUGAAAGACGUAAUCCAUGGAAGCAAACGCCAUUUCGAGAAGCCGCCCAGCUGCAGUCCUCGUUCUAUCGGAAGCAGCGAGUUUCUCAACCCGAUAACCCAUGAAGUGAUUCUGAGUAAUUCAACUUGCGAGCUAAAGAUCACCGGAGUCGGAGACAUCUCCGCCGCGGAAACCGCCGGAGGGUCGACGUUUGUCGGAACAUUGAGGCCGGGGACGCCGGUGCAUUACCUGAACCAUUCGUCCUCUUACAGGAGCCAAUCGUCGGGGACUGCUUCCGGCACAAGAAAGAGUUCCUUUGUUCUGGCGGAUAGAGACAGAGAAGGGUUAGGGUUUGGUGGUUUAGGGUUUCCUUCCAACAGAAGGGUUUCUCUGGACAGAGAUUCCGCCAUUAAUGGAAGCAAUUCCACGGUCUCUUGCCACAAAUGCGGCGAACAGUUCAGCAAGCUCGAAGCUGCGGAAGCUCAUCAUCUCUCCAAACACGCCGUGACAGAGCUCGUAGAAGGAGAUUCGUCGAGGAAGAUCGUGGAGAUAAUAUGCAGAACGAGCUGGUUAAAGUCCGAAAACAACUGUGGACGGAUAGAUCGAGUUCUGAAAGUCCACAACAUGCAAAAGACAUUAGCAAGAUUCGAAGAAUACAGAGAGACGGUGAAAAUCAGAGCAAGCAAGCUCCCGAAGAAACACCCGAGAUGUCUCGCCGACGGGAACGAACUACUCAGGUUUCACGGCACGACCAUUUCGUGUUCUCUGGGCCUAAACGGGUCGACAAGUCUCUGUAUGUCUGAAACCUGCUGUGUCUGUCGGAUAAUCCGAAAAGGGUUCUCGACGAAACGGGAAAUGAACAACGGGAUCGGAGUUUUCACGACGUCGACGAGUGGGAGAGCGUUCGCUUCGAUCUCGGAAGGAGACGACGACGAUCGGACGGCGAGGAAGGCGUUGAUAGUGUGCCGCGUUAUCGCCGGAAGAGUUCACCGGCCGGUGGAAAAUCCGGCGGAGAUGAAUGGGUUGAACGUGAAUGGGUUCGAUUCAUUAGCCGGUAAGGUUGGGUUAUACUCAAACGUUGAGGAGCUCUAUCUGCUAAAUCCCAAAUCUUUGCUGCCUUGUUUUGUGGUAAUUUGCAAACCCUUAGAGAUUAAUGGGGUUUAGAAAAAUAAAAUAAAAUUAGAUUAUUUGUUUGUAUUGUUUUUGGAGUUAUUAUUGAAAGUCCAUUUGAGUUGUAGAGAGCGAGAGAUUUUGGUUUGACUCCUGAGAUUUUAGGUUUUUUUAAUGGUAAAUUUUUUAUUCCAAUUCAACAUUUUUAGGUUUGUAUU